UCAAAUUUGACAACAUGGUUUGAUCAUUCGAUCUGAAAACCGCUUGAAGUUCCCAGAUCACUUUUGUUUUUUUGAUUCAUAUUAACGAUUUUCUGAUAUAUUUUUACUUUAUAUAUUUGAUUUCGAGGAAGUAUGGCUGCUCCCGCUGGCGGCGCACCGGCCGGCGGGGCUCCUUCACCCGCUGCAGCUCCACCUUAUUCCGGACCUGCGUUACAGCCGUCUGGACUAGGCCCGGGCACCUUCAAGGUGAUGGCUCAGAAUGAAUCGGAGGAACAUGCGUUUGACUACUACAAAUUUAGAGAUGUUCCAAAGCCUGCCGGAGUAUAUUUAUCAAUUGCUAAUAUAGUCAAAGGAGCUUUGGGCGGCGGUAUUUUGGGCUCUCAUGUCUCCUACCAGAAGGCCGGCUUUGCAAGUGCCAUUCCAAUCAAUUUUCUUCUAGGUUUUUAUAUGGCUGUGUGCCUACAUCUUCUUGUACAAUCAGCUCAACUGCUUUACCGACGGACGCGAGUGCCUACUAUGUCUUAUGCAGAUGUAGGAGAGGCGGCUUGCAGAUGUUUUCAUAAUCCCACUAUCCAGAAAAUGGCCAAACCAUUUAGGUAUACAAUAGACAUACUGAUCAGCUUGGAUCUGUUUGGGGCUUGCGCUUGCUACCAGCUGAUCAUAUCCAAAACUAUAAAACAGCUGGUUGAGAAUACACAGAAGGUAUCCUACGAACCAAUGAUACAAGGUUACCCCCAUCUAAAAGUAUACUUGGCCAUAAUGAUCGUGCCAAUGAUUGGUAUAUGUUUAAUUAGGCACUUAAAAUGGAUCGGGAAACUUUCUAUUGUGGUGAACAUUGUAAUAUUGAUAGCCAUUAUAAUGGCGAUCUGUUAUGCAUUCCAAAAUAACCCUCAUUUUCAAAACAUGACUAUAUAUACGUCAGAAUACGGCCAGUUUGAGUUUGCGGGAAUGGUCGUGUUCGGGAUGUCAUGUUCAGGUGUGGUCCUACCAAUCGAAAAUAAUAUGCUUGAACCUUGGAAGUUUAAAUAUGCACUCGCUGUUGGUAUGGCACUGAUAGUAGUCUGCACAUUCAUGGUAUCCUUUUUUGGAUAUGCUGCUUUUUUAAAAGAGAGCGUGAGCCCAAUUACACUCAAUUUUAAUAUGGAUAUUUACACGCAAAUAUUUAAGGGUUGUAUCGCAUUUAUGAUCUACGUGACACACGCAUUAAAUUUCUGGGUACCAUUUAAUCUGUGCUUCUACUACAUUAAGAUUCGAGUGCCCCCGGAAAAGGCACUAAUGGCGGAAUAUAUUGCGAGGGCUUGCUUUGUUCUUUUGAUAUCAAUUAUCGCAAUAACUUUUCCAAAUAUAAACAGUUUGAUGGGUUUUCUGGGUGCGUUCUGUUUAUCAAACAUGGCGUUCAUUUGGCCCAACAUUAUAACUCUUCUUGUGAUUUGGGACAGACCCGGCUUUGGGCCCUACAAAUGGAAACUUUGGAGAGGUAUUAUACUCAUCACCAUUGGUUUCUUCCUAUUCUUUUGUGGCACUAUCGUUAACUUUAACGAACUCAUAUCUGUGUUUAAAGGAAAUAACUAAUCUUUUUGAUUCUUGUUUUUAAUCCUUUUAUAAAGUUAAUUAAAAAAAGGAUUUAAAAAAUUAUGGGUGGCUAAGGCCCAGAGUAGUAACGCAUUUUUACCUGGUAUAAAUAGUGUAUCGAUAUAUAUGUAGUAGUAUAUAUCGGUAGGUCAAAUAAGGAGUCCCAUACAUUAAUCUCAAUAUCAUUUGGCCGAGACGCAAAUAUUGAUAGUGUACGCUUCUUUUCCACCUAGAACUUAACUUAGCGGACGUAGUACGGUUUUACAUUUACCUUCUCACUAUUGAGUCUAUUCGAAGUGAGACGCCGCUAGCAAUCACAGCGUGCCAUUGUGACGUAACGACAACCACACUGCAAUGUGAGGGGUUGCGGGGGUGCGGGUUAUCAUUUCACUUCUCACUAUCGAAUUGAUUCGAAGUGAGACGCCUGUAGUGUGGUUGUCGUUGCGUCACAAUGGGGCGCAAUGUGAAUGUUUCGCUGGAAUCGAUUCGAUGGUGAGAAGUGAAAUGAUAACCCGCACUUCGGCCACUGAUUGGUCUCGAAUCGACUUUAUGAUGAGAUGUAAAUAGCAAAGUUGCACUAUGCAUUGUUCAUUCGGUAUUUAGUAGAAAAAUACAAGCGUCCAUUGGACCCGUUGCGACUUAUUCCAAUGAUGAUAUGAAAGAUGUACGGGCCUCUAUAUAUAUUUAUAUUAUUAAUGUCAGUUAAGAUAACAUAGGAUUUCAGGGCGUUAGCUAGCGAAAUGUUUGAAACAUAAUUAUAUAUUUAGUCACCCGGCGUCCUACGUAUGCGAUAUAACGCUGUACGGCGUAAUUUGAUGCGGGUUAUCAGUGAACACGUCAAUAUAGGCUAGAAGUAAACUUACUUAUCUAUUGUAUUGUCCUGAUUUUUCCGAUAGAUUUGUACUUUGAGUCAAAAACUUAUGUCGAAACAAAACUAGGUACCGUGUCGGAAUAUUUUUUGCAAUUUUUUUGGGUGAUGUCAUUCUUUUGUUUUUAUUUGCUUUGUUAAUCAUAUUAAUGUACGAUGAUGUAUCGCGUAUAGUUUGUGCUGCUUUUCUAGAUCGCUUAUCUAGAUCGCCGGGUGCCCGAUAAAAUUGUUUGUUGAAAAUUGAGCUUUGAACCGUCAAUUGUAAACAUAUUUUACAUUGAUAACAGACCUACACACAUAUGUCAAUGAGCACAACUUCUAAAUCUGUUACUACUUUUAUUACCUGCGCAAGAGACGGGCGUGUCGCAUAUCUAUCUAGUUAGUAGUGAUGCCUCUGCCUGUUCGUUAAUUCUGAUGCUAUCGAUAGCAUUGUGAAUGAAGCAAUGAUAUCUUGCAAUAGCAUCAAUAGUAUUGCACCUUGAUUAUCGCUACGCUUUCGGUUGAAUAGUAUAAUAUACUGAAUAAUUACUGAUGGUUCGACUUCAGCGAUAACUCCGCAUUGUGCCCUUAUUGUAGUGUGUCUUUUCUGUAUUUUGCUUCGAUGCAAAAUUGUAUUGUACCUACUGAUUGUCCGAUGGAUUUGUACUUUAACCAAAACUAAGACGUAACAAAACUAGGUACUGAUUUUCGAAUUUUUACCACUAGUUGUAUAAAAAAGAAACUACAAAAAAUAAUUAAAUUAUUUUUUGCGUGCUGUCAUUUAGUAGUAUUUGAACGUUUGUAAGUUUUUCUUUGUAAUUGUAUUAUUAUUGUAUUGGCCUUUAUAAAUUUUUUUGCAAUAAAUAUUUUUUAA